ACUUGCCAUUCGUGGCAUCAUAUCGCACACAGACGCCCACACUGUUGUUGGUAACGUCAAGCUUCAUCGAAUUCUCAGUUAAGGUGCACCUUUCAACUUGUCUGUCAUCUUUCUUAUUAUAGCUGCUUUGGAGCGCUGCGUUGCUCAAAGCACGGAUGUCUGAACCUACUACAUCUCUGCAUGGGGAGUUCUUGGAUGAGACGAACGACGCUCGCUCUGAACCCAGCGAUGGCGAUGUUCCAGAUGAAUUGGCUGACGGAGAAUCCACGGCCAUUGCUGAGGGUUCCAUGAUGGAAGGAAACCCAGGCUUGUCUCUCACAGAGACUGAUGUGCCUGACCCUUUCCUGGUGGAUGAUCCUGACGAACCCAUCUCCGACUCGGAGGACGAAGACGAAGAACCAGUCCCUCCAAGCGAAUACGAUGUGACUCCCGCAGAUGAGAUUGCACUCGCACAAUCUACCAUCUUUUCACCACCUACUGCCGCAUUUCUACUGAAUAAACCAACUCCUCCAACGCCUAAUCCAUCUUCUCCCAAACCAUUCACGUCACCUUCUGCACCACUGGCUAGAAAAGAUGAAGACUCUUCAUCAUCAUCAGAAGAGGACGACUCCCCACUAGAUCUUUACCUGCCAAAGCUUGUCCUUCCAACCAUGUUUCAUCCGCUGCCAAAUACGGACCCACUUUCAACCUUACUGAACAAGUAUAUCCCACCUGAGAAGCGGCCUUACCGAGACCUCUCCGGCGACAACCCCCAGCGCCACGACUUUCACACUUUGGUUCUCACUUUGUGGACACUUCAGAUGACCAACAAUUGGCGAGCCAUUGCAAAAAUGGCUCGCGAUAGAAUCGUUGCUAGUGAUCCCAGCGAAGUUUCAGUAAUCUUGAAUUUGUGGUACAUUCGUCUUGCCUCACUUGCAAGAUUGCGACUCUUCUCGCAGACCACUGCGGAAUGUAACAACCUCUUCAACGCUCUGCAAUCCACAACCCUUUCUCCUUCAGCGUCGAAUACCCAGAUACCUGGUUCGCGUUCGGCACCUCCUACACCAGCUGCAGCAGGAUUUCAAACACAGACGCAAGCAUAUGCGGACAAUAUGUAUGAUUACAUUCGCACCCAUCUCUUACCAUUCGAACUUCUUGUUCUGAAGGCCAGGACGAAGUAUUGGGCGGGUGACCAUAUGGGUUAUUUGGAUGAGUUGAGAGCGUUGUUGGGCUGGUGUAAGAGCAUGUCGAGGAGGGCAUGUACGGGAAGUAUCAGCAGGAGCUUUGGAAGCGUGAAGCCUGGGAAACCAAAAUCUAAAGCGAAGAGAGACGAGCAAGCAGUAUCGAUGUGGAAGGAGCGGGGUGCCCGACUGAUUCUCAUUAUGGCUUCUCAACUUAUUGAAAUUAAGGACUAUACUGCUGCAGUGCACCUUCUCAACUCGUUGGCAUCUUCAAGUCAUCCUGUACCACAUCUUGAGGCGAUCAUCCUCCGCACUCACUUGCAAUCGGGUCUCGUCCCACUUGCCGAGGGACAUCUUCACUCUAUUCUAUCUGCCGAUUCCACCCUAUCUCCAGAUGAAUUGAAACUUACUUGCGAAUCACUCGCGAAGAGUGCCGAAGGGCAAUGGGAAGAGGUGGAGACACAGUUAAGAACAUUUGUCGACAAGGAGAAACUCAAGGGAUCCGCUAAUGUGGACAAAAGUUAUUUUGUGGCCGUGAACAAUCUCUCGGUUGCGAUGCUAAGUCAAGGAAAACUGAAAGAGGCGAUCCAAGUUCUCGAAGAUGCAUUACAUCAGUCACCGUCUACUAUUGUCACUGCCGAACCGUUCCUGUUCAACCUUUCAACAUUAUACGAAUUGCGGUCCAACACAGCGGCAGAUAAGAAGCGUGACUUGCUUAUCGAGGUGGGGAAGUGGGCAGGGGAUGGUGUCAGAACGUCAUGUCUCAAGAUGCCAGCUACAUAGCGUGGCGUGAAUUUGUGUGACGAAUGGUCAUAUGUAAUCCAUACUAUUCAAACGAGCGCAAGUUCCGGCUAACAUGGACGGGAUUAGCACACAUACUACUACUGAUACCUACCUAGUUUGUGAAGUGGCGACAACAGGGGUGACGGAGGAAAUGGGUGAAGACAUGAAAAAGGGACGGAGGUAAAGAGGAAUGAUGGAGGAGCAGUAUGUAUGGAAGAAAGUAGGGUAUCAGGAACGCUAGGGUAGUUUGCAGUCCGUGAGUCGUGACAUAACCAGCAUAUCUCGGGAAGUACAAAUGAAAAGGGAGGGCGGCGAGGGUAGGCUGAACAUGAAGGGAGCUCUGUGGGUCGGUGAAUCAAAGGAAUCAGGUACAUAUAC